AUGUCUAAGGCUGUUGGUAUUGAUUUGGGUACCACUUACUCAUGUGUUGCUCACUUUUCUAACGACCGUGUCGAAAUUUUGGCUAACGACCAAGGUAACAGAACUACCCCAUCUUUUGUCGCUUUCACCGACACUGAAAGAUUGAUUGGUGAUGCUGCCAAGAACCAAGCUGCUAUGAACCCAGCCAACACUGUUUUCGAUGCUAAGCGUUUGAUUGGUAGAAACUUCAGUGACGCAGAAGUUCAAGGUGAUAUCAAGCACUUCCCAUUCAAGGUCAUUGACGUUGCUGGUAAGCCACAAGUCGAAGUCGAAUACAAGGGUGAAAACAAGGUUUUCACCCCAGAAGAAAUCUCCUCUAUGAUUUUGAGUAAGAUGAAGGAAACUGCUGAAUCUUACUUGGGUUGCAAGGUUAACGACGCUGUCGUUACCGUUCCAGCUUACUUUAACGAUUCUCAAAGACAAGCUACCAAGGAUGCUGGUACCAUUGCUGGUUUGAACGUUCUAAGAAUCAUUAACGAACCUACCGCUGCUGCCAUUGCUUACGGUUUGGACAAGAAAGAUGAAGGCGAAAAGAACGUCUUGAUCUUCGAUUUGGGUGGUGGUACCUUCGAUGUCUCCUUGUUGACCAUUGAAGACGGUAUCUUCGAAGUUAAGGCUACCGCUGGUGACACUCACUUGGGUGGUGAAGAUUUCGAUAACAGAUUAGUUAAUCACUUCGUUCAAGAAUUCAAGAGAAAGAACAAAAAGGACUUGACCACUAACCAAAGAGCUUUGAGAAGAUUGAGAACUGCUUGUGAAAGAGCUAAGAGAACUUUGUCCUCUUCCGCUCAAACUUCCAUCGAAAUCGACUCUUUGUUCGAAGGUAUCGAUUUAUACACUUCUAUCACAAGAGCUAGAUUCGAAGAAUUGUGUGGUGACUUAUUCAGAUCUACUUUAGACCCAGUUGAAAAGGUCUUGAGAGAUGCUAAGUUGGACAAAUCUCAAGUUCAUGAAAUCGUUCUAGUUGGUGGUUCUACCAGAAUUCCAAAGGUCCAGAAGUUGGUCUCUGACUACUUCAACGGUAAGGAACCAAACAGAUCCAUCAACCCAGAUGAAGCUGUCGCUUACGGUGCUGCCGUUCAAGCUGCUGUUUUGACAGGUGACCAAUCUUCUAAGACUCAAGAUUUGUUGUUGUUGGAUGUUGCUCCAUUGUCCUUGGGUAUUGAAACUGCUGGUGGUGUCAUGACCAAGUUGAUUCCUAGAAACUCUACCAUUCCAACUAAGAAGUCUGAAAUCUUCUCCACAUACGCUGAUAACCAACCAGGUGUCUUGAUCCAAGUUUACGAAGGUGAAAGAGCUAGAACAAAGGACAACAACUUGUUAGGUAAGUUCGACUUGACUGGUAUCCCACCAGCUCCAAGAGGUGUCCCACAAAUCGAAGUUACUUUCGAUGUCGAUGCUAACGGUAUCUUGAACGUUUCUGCCGUUGAAAAGGGUACUGGUAAAUCUGAAAAGAUUACCAUCACUAACGACAAGGGUAGAUUGUCUAAGGAAGAUAUCGAAAGAAUGGUUUCUGAAGCUGAAAAAUACAAGGAAGAAGAUGAAAAGGAAUCUUCCAGAAUUGCCGCUAGAAACCAAUUGGAAUCCACUUCUUACUCUUUGAAGAACACUUUGUCUGAAGCCGCUGACAAGAUCGAAGAAGCUGACAAGGAAACUUUGACUGCUAAGUGUGACGAAGUUAUCGCUUGGUUGGAUGCCAACACUCAAGCUACUACCGAAGAAUUCGAAUCUCAAUUGAAGGAAUUGCAAGAAGUCGCGAACCCAAUCAUGACCAAGAUGUACCAAGCCGGUGGUGCUCCAGGUGGUGCCGCUCCAGGUGGUUUCCCAGGUGGUGCUCCUCCAGCUCCAGAAGCUGAAGGUCCAACCGUUGAAGAAGUUGAUUAA